AUGGGAGAUAAGGUGAAUCUUGAGUACAUUGCUCAUGAAGAUUCAAGGAGGGCAGCAUCCUUGAGAAGGAUAAAGGGCCUACGGAAGAAGUUUGAAGAACUCAUUGUCCCUUCUGGUGGGAUUGAAGAACGCACCGUCCUUUCGGAAUUGGAGCGGAGUAAGAAGAUGUUGAACCUGGAGAGCUUGCUGGAUGAAAUGAUUCUGAAGGCCAGUGAGAAAUUAGCAAAAAUGCAGAGGAUGAACAGGGAGAUAGAGAUGUUCUUGCGCAUGUUUGAAUUUUUGGCUAAUGAAAAUAUCAUUGAAACUAUGAGCACGAAUGAGCUGAAUCAAAUUGCUUCGACAAUUGAUGAGAAGUUUAAGCAAGUAGAUCAAAUGAUCAUUGAACUAAACAACAAUGCUUCAACUUCUCAGAGCCAAGCUCAAGUGGCAGAUCCAACAUUGGUGGCUGCAAAUGGAGCAAUUAUGCAAGGAGAGGAACAAGUUCAAAUGGCAGAUCCAACAUUGGUGGUAGAUGGAGAAAUUAUGCAAGGAGAGGCACAAGCUCAAGUGGCAGAUGGAGCAAGUAUGGAAGCAGAGGCACAGGUGAAUCAUGGCCAAAGUGAUGAAAUGAACAAGAAAGCCACACAAGUUUUUACAUCUUUUCUUAAACAUAUCAAUGGUGGAGACGAUGAUUCUUCAACUUAG